AAAAAUGGGUUAAAGCUGCAGCCCCCAGCAAAUCGCCUUCCCUGGGGAAACUCAGGCCCACAUUUAUGCUCUCUCCCUGCCCCACACCAGGCCACACUGGGGGGAAACUGAGGCAAGAGCUUGACCCCAGGCCUGGGGAUGUCCCUGUCACACUGCCACCGUGUCCCCACGUCCUCUUCCCUUGCUGGCAGCACGGCAUCCUGUGGCAAAGUGGGGUACACGGGGUGGGGGUGCUGCAGCCAGGGGUGCUCCCAUCCUGUCCCCAGAACCCAUUCCCUGCUCUCCCACGUUCUGAGCAGGACUGUGCCCCCUGUCCUGGCACGUCGUGCCCACGUCAGCCCCACACUCUUGCAGCCACCAGCUUCCUGCCAGCUCUCCGGGCACUCUUUCCUGUCUUGCUCCCUUCUCCGAGUCAUGGGACGCCGGUGACGCACCCCCGGCGAUGAAGAAAUUGCCGCUGGCCGUGCGGUCACCGGCGCUAUUUCUGUCCCUCUGGGAAUUGCACAGCCCUGGCCACACACUGGCCAUCAGCGGGUGGCCACCACCGUGGUGUCCUGCUGGCCCUGAUCAGGCUGGGAGCCCUGAUCACCCUCAUUUCAGGGGACGGAUGGAUGGAUGAAUGGAUGGAUGAUCAUAUGGAUAGACAGGUUAAUGCAUAGCUGAACAGGUGAAGGAAUUCUUGGAUGGGUGCACAGAUGAUGGAUGGAGGGAUGGACAGACAAGUGGACAGCUGGUGAACAGCCUGUCGAGGCAGCCUGAGGGAUGGACAAACUGCUGUGGAGUCUGGAGCGAGCAAGAUCUUCUCCUGGUUCCUCCACCUCUCCAGGACUGUCCUGGGCGCAGCCCUGCCCACCCCAGCCCCACGGAACCCACCCCAGCCGCCACCUCUGCCGGGGAGGAGGAAGAGGAGGAGUCGUCAGAGGCAGCGGGUGGAGGAAGCAGACCGUGCGGGUCGUGGCGCGGCUGGGCAGGGAAGUUCUGGGAAAGCAAAGAACUUCUAAAAGUGAGUGACCGCUGCAUCCUUCUUCCUGGAAGGAGCUGGUAAUUUCUGCGUUGUGUCCCUGCGCCCCCACCGAGCUCUCCAAAUGCGUAAAUUCGGCGAGAGUGACCAAAAUCAACGGGAUUUCGACACGCUGAGCGGAGACAUUCACCUUUAAGGAACGGGAAAACCCCUGUAGGUGCCGGGCUCCUCCUGCCAGGAAGGGGAACCCAGGGGGACAGAGGGGACUGCCCUGGGCGCUGCUGGCUGUGCCGAGGCCGUGCCGAGCCCCAGGGCUCUCCCAGGGCAGCGUUGCACAAGGGGCAGCGCUGCCCUGGGCAACACGCGGCGCCCUCGGUGUUCCCGUGGGUGCUGCCGGUGCACAGAGGCUAAGCCUGGUGUCCCCCACUUGGUUCAGCACCCAAAUUUGUCACCCAGAGCUGUGGGUGAGUGUGAGCAGGCAGAUGGAACAUCCCCCCGGAGCAUCAGGCAGUGCUGGGAUGCCGUGCACUUCUCACACCUCCACCUCCCACCUUACCAGGGUAGAUUUUUGCCUCCCACAGCUGGAUUUGGGAUGCAAAACCCCCCGUCGUGGCACAUGGGUGACAUCCCUGUCCCCGCUGCCAGCCGCCACUGCCCUCUUUUGCAUUGGGGUUUCGGGGCAGCCGGUGCUGGUUUCAGUUCAGCCUGUCGGGUGCUGAGGGGUGACACUAGCGUGAACCCAAAGUCUCUGUCCCAAGGAGCCAGGACCGGGGGGUCCUGCCGGAUCCGGGUGAGCGGUGGGACCGCAGCCUCCCCGCACGGUCCCGGACUCCCUCGAGGAACUGACUCGAAGAACAUCCCCACCAACUCUUCCCCCGCCCUGCUCUCACCCUGCUCAUUGGCCCCCGGACUUCACUUCUCUCUGCCUUCCUUCGGAGGGGAGGGUGACUCGGGGGCGCUUUAAAACCGCGCUUCCCCCUCGCCGAGCGCUCAAGGAAGUGCCUGUGCGCGCCCGGCAGCCCCGGGCGGACACCCUGCCCCGGCCAUGCGGUGUGACGGGCGGCCCUGGGCAGUGCUGGCAGGUACGUGUGUGCCCCUGUGUGCCCCUGUGUGCCCCUGUGUGCCCCUGGGCUCUCUCGCUCGCCCCGGCCGGAGCCGCGGAGGGAGCGCGGCCGCGGGGCCCCCGUGGCUGUUGAGUCAGCGGUGCCGGGGCAGAUGGCACCGAGGCUGUGCCACGGCAGUGUCGCCUCCCUCGGGCGCUGGCGGGGACGGGGACAUUCCCCGCUAUGGCACAACGGGGAGCACUGGGAGCGGGCAGCCUGGGAGAGAGGGGAUGCUGGGGGCGGUAGGCAGAGGGGACAGUUUGGGGACCAAUAGCGGAAGGUCAGGGGUCAGCUUGCCCAAAGGGACAGAGGCUGUGUGUCAGCCCAGUGCAUUAUCCAAAGUCCUGUGGGUGACAGAGGGACUGGGACAGUGACUGGCAGAGCUGGACAGCGGGACUGGAUCCAGGAGUUUCCCUGCUGUGCCCUCCUUUGCGGUGGCCCUCGCUGGCAGGGGGAGCUGCUGGAGCAGCUGCUGUGGCUGUUCUGUGCAUCCCGGCCGCCCCACAGCACCUCAGCACCCUCCUCCACCUACUCCUCCUCCUCCUCCUCCUCCGGCCGGGUGCCCAGCAGGUUUUUGGUGCAGGGGCUGGGUCUGAGGUGCAGGCAGCAUUCCUGGCACGGUGGUGGUGACCCUGUAAGAAAAGGCUGUCCCUGCACCCAGCGAUGCCCCAACGGCCCCUGACUGCCUCCUCUUUGUCCCCAGCUGUCGCCAAAGGGCUCCUCAUCCUCUGGGCAGUGCCGGGCCAGGGGGGCAGGUCCCCGCUGGCCCCCACCGUGCAGCAGACCCAGGCGCUGGUGAGGCUCAUGGCCGAGGACGCGCAGGAGCUCUUCACCUUCUACGAGAAGGAUCAGCACCUGGACAUCCACAACAUCUGCCGCACCAACAACACCCCCGAGUGGCUGCAGAGGCCAGCUAAGGGACGCUGGGGGCUGCGGAGGCUGCGGAGGCCCAUGAUCCACAUGGAGCAGGCGCUGCAGGGCAUCAUCCGCCACCAGCGCGACCUCCAGCACCCCGAGGCCGAAAUCCUUCGCCGCUUGAGCAGGACCCACCUGAAGGUGCGAGCGCUCCUCAGCAACCUGGCGGGGCUCUUCCCGGGCCCCAGCCCCCGCCCCGGCCGCCGGCCCCUCCCCAGUCCCGCGGCAUCCCUCGGCAUCUUCCGACAGAAGCUGCAGGGGUGCCAGAUCCUCUGGAGCUACGCCCGCUUCAUGGCCGAGCGCAGCGCCGAGCUGGGUGCCGGGAGCCGCCGGACGCGCCGGGAGAAGGGGAGAUCGCCCCGGGGCUCACGGCGGCCCGCACGGCUCUAGGGCAGCCCCGCCGGCACCGGAGCGCCCGUCUGCAGCUCCAUCAUCUCCGUCAUCUUCAUCAUCUCCAUCUCCAUCCCAUGUGAGGCGAUCCCAACCCCAAUCCCAGGAUGGAGAGGCAUCCGAUGGCCGGGAUGCCCCACGGAGCCUCUCUCACCUCAGCGGAGCGUGGGCUCGGAUGUGCUGGCAGCCCCUCCCGGCGCUUCGGCUCCUCGUGGGGACCCUGCUGUCCCCGAGCCGCCGCUGGGCUGCAGGACAGCCCUGGCUGGCUCUCCCACAUCCUGCCCCGCUUUCCCGUGCAUCCAGGUGGCCCCAGUGGAGCCGGGUGUCCCCCGGGUGCCCAGCUGUUCCCUGUCCCCGAGCCCUGCUGGAUUUUCCAGUGAUUCAAUGGGUCGGCUGACACAGCCUGACUCAGAGCUGCUCGCCCAGCACCCGCCGGGCCCACGGAGCGCGCCGCUGCCACCGGCGGCUGUCACCAGUGUUGUCACCCCCUGCCUGCCCGCCGCCAGCUCUGCUCCCAGGGAGAAGCCGGGAGUGGAAUCCUGUGUCCCUGCACGGUCUGUGUGUCCCUCUGUGCUCGGUGUCCCCGAGCUCGGUGUCCCUUUGCACAUCCCUGUGCUCUCAGUGUCCCCUGUGCUCGGUGUCCCUGUGCUGUCAGUGUCCCCAGGCUCACUCCUGCACACGGGGUGCUUCCAUACUCCCAGCAUCCCUGUGCCCUCCGUGUCCCCCCCGAGCCUCCUGGGCCACCACAGCCCUGACUGUGCCCGGCAGGAACUCGGCUCUGGCCACUGCACUGUGACAGUGGGUGACAGCCCCCACUGCCUCCCCCCUAAUUUAUACAUUAUUAUUUGUUACUUUAUUGUAUUUAUUGAUUGUUACAAUUAAUUUAACUCCUGCAGCUUGCAGAAGUAUUUAAGGAUAUUUCUAAUAUAAAUAUAUCUAUUUUUAUUAUAUUUUUUGUACGGUGUUAAGCUAUGAAUAGCAGAAGGAUUUAUUUAUGAAUAUUGAUAUUUUUGGUACAUAUAGAAGGGCAGUGCCCCCACCCAUGUGGCACUUCUUUAUUUUUGUACAAUGGCAGAAGGAAAUAAAGUGCUGACCUUGGCCCAUGGGCCACUGA